CGCUACUCUCUCUCGCUGUCUCCGGCCAUGGCUUCCGCGUCUCCUCUUCUGCUAACCUUCUUUUGCUUCCUCCUCCUCUCGUUCACCAUCCUCACAACUUCCCCUUCCUCCCUCAUCGAAGAACUCAACCGCCCUCCGCCGCCGGACUUCGCUGCCACCGUCGCUGCCAACUGCGCCCGCGACCCCUCCCUCCGCUACUGCAACCACUCUGCCGACCUUCCCAACAUCUACAAGUCCACCGUCGUCGCACGUCACCUCUGCGUCGAGUCCCGCAAUCCUGACUGCAAUCGCUCCUUCCCCAGAAUCGACCUCCGCUCCCGCCCCAACCUCGCGCCACUCUACCUCUCCUUCGCCUUCUUCUGGGCCUAUUGCCCUUCCUCUGUCCUCGCCAUCGACCUCGCCAACAACUCCCUCGCUGGCGCCUUCCCAUCCGCCAUCCUUCUAUGCACGCAUAUCCUCUCCCUCGACCUCAGCGACAACACACUCGCCGGCGACGUCCCGGUCGACUUAUUAUCCAACCUCCACAAUCUCUCCUCUCUCAACCUCUCCUACAAUCACUUCUCCGAGUGCGGUUCGGACUGCGCCCCGUUUUUCCGACUGUUUAAUUCUUCCAGCUUCAUUCAUUCCGGGCUCCGGCAGGAAGACCACCGCCAUAGCUCCGAGAUCACCGCCACUGUCCUGCUACUCACAGGAGUUCUGGCCUGUAUUUUCUUCCUGCUCUGCAUCGUUUGCGUACUCGUCCGUCGACGCAAAGGCGAUCGCUAUCAAUUCACCACGGAGGCGCUGUGGGAAGCGACUCGUGGAUUCGGGGAGAGCAAUUUGAUUCGAAAGGGAGAGAAGGAGGAUCUGUACGUCGGGAGACUGAGGAACGGACUUCAGAUCGAGGUUCACGUGCAGAGAGGCAGAUUUUCCAAGGCUUUUCGCAAAGCAUUCGAGGAAGACUGCAGGAGUCUCCUGCGGCUGAGGCACCGGAACUUGGCAAAGGUGAUCGGGUGGUGCAAUGAGAGGGAGUUACUCGCCGUUGUCGUCCAAAUGGCCCACAUUUGCAGCGUUGACGAAUGGCUGCUUCUGCAAUCGCCGCCGUGGAAGCAGAGACUCAAGGUGUUGAUGGGCGUCGUCGAUGGCGUCUGCUUCCUGGAAGAGCACUGGCCUCGUGUUGGGUACGAUAUUAGAACCAGAAGCAUAUCGCUGACAAGGGAGAUCGAGCCUCUCAUCUCUAAAGUCAGAGUUGGGAAUUCAGAUUCUGAAUCAAAGAAGGUGCGGAGGCUCGGAUUGUUUGUUUUGGAGUUGAUAGCCAACAAGCGGCCUCGGGAAAUUUUUGAAGCAGGGGAAACAGGGUUGAUCGAAUGGGUGAAGGUGCAGUUCCCUGCGCAGGUGAAGAAACUGAUCGACGAGAAGAUGAAGCCUACAGCUACUGCGCUUGAGCAAAUCAGACAGAUCAUCAGCGUUGCAUUAGAAGCCGCUGCCGACGCAUCGUCGUCAACUAUGAGCCAUGUCUGUCGCCUCCUUCGUAAGGCCUGUGCUGUUGAUCAAGAAAUUCACAAGCAAACAAGAUCACGAUCACACAAGCAUUACUAAGUGCAA